CACAUUAAAACAAAGAAGAGAAAAGUAAUAAAAAUCGAAAUCAACUAACAGAGUUCUUAACCAAAAAUAAGAAAAAAAGAAGAAAACAUAAAAAUGUUGUAAAAAUCACAUCAUAAAAACAGCAAGUGUCCCACAUUUGGUGUGUUCUUUUAGUUUAAAGAUUAUUUUCUUUUAAGUGCUGCUGGCGUUUGCCCAGUGCUCCAUUGUGAGAAAGACCGAGGAUAAGACGUUAAAGGAUCCCGAACGCUCUAAGAGAGAAUCAAUAUUUUCAUCACCCUAUUAUGAUGUCAUGACUCAUCAAGCUGUACAACCGGCACCUGGAACACAACAGCCUCCUCAACAGCAACAGGGUUUACCCAUAUUGGGCGCUUUAGUUAGCAAUGUUCCGGGUUUGAAUGGUUUAAGUUCAACACUAACCACUUUAGUGCCUUUGGGUAAUCUCGGUGGUUUGGGUGGAUUGGGUAAUUUGGGAGGCUUGGGCAAUUUGGGUGGCUUGAACAAUUUAGGUCUAGGUAAUUUGGGAGGUGGCUUGGGAAAUUUAGGGGGUUUGGGUGGUCUAGGUGGUCCUGGUGGCUUGGGUGGUUUACCUGGAUUAGGUGGUCUUUUCCCAGGUCUUAAUCGUUGUCCUCUAACACAAACUUUAAAUUGUCGUUGUGAAAAUAUUAUACCCUUACCUGUUGCACCUCCACCAGCAGCUGCAAGAUCAAAUGGCUUGGAGAUUUUACAACAAAAUAUGAAAUUAAAUUUAAAUGGCGAUAAAGAAAUCAGUGCCCGUUUAAGUAAUGACAUCUUACUCUAUCAACGUUCCGGCAUUGAAAAACUUGCCAACAAUCAAAAGUCUAAAGUAAUACAAGGAUAUUAUACACUUAAGCUAGAUGAUAACAAGUACUUAACCAUUUAUUAUACCAUUAACGAUUUGGACUAUACAGUCAAAGCUGAUGUUACGGCAGAACCUCCCCAAAACGAUUUAGAUGCAUCGACAGCCACCGUAUAGAGUUUAUUUUAGCAAAUUACUGCAGUAAAGUGAAAAAAAGGAAAACUGUAAAGUUUAUGGAUUUUGUAUCUUCUUGUGGCAACUAAAACUUAUUAACAAAAGUUGUUGUUGUUUUUUUCUUGCAAAAUAUAUAUAAUUAUAAAACUAUAGAAGAACUUAGAUUUAAUGUUAAUGUAAAUAAAAAAGUUAAUCUCCCUUUUUCUAAAACUCUUA